AACGCUCAAAAUCACACGAUUAUUUCAAUUAUGAAGAAUAAACGCUGAACAUGACAUUCAGAAAAGUACAAUGCGCUCGUCGAUUCUUUACCUAAAACUACAAACGAUGUUUUCAACAAUGCAUUGAGGAACCGAUAUACAUGUAAUAUAUGUAAAGAAUACACUUAUAACGAAUCAAAAAUACUGAAUUCAAAGCACAAAUUAAGAUAGAAUUGGAUGAAAAAAGGAUAAUAAUAAAAUCAAUCGUAUCAGCUAUAUCGUCACGAGUAUGAGUUUAUCUUCUCUAAACGCACGUGCAGUGUAUCACUGAUACAUAUAGAAUUGUACGUACAUGAUGUGAUAUAUUCGGGGUCGUUGAUUACAUCGACCGAAUAACUAUUACUAUUAUUAUCAUUCUCGCCUGCGAUAAUAUAAUAAAACUUCUCGAUUACUUGUAAAUUUCAACCCAAUACGUGUGUAUUUUCUGUGUGUGUGUGUGUGCGUGUAUGCGUGAUUAAAGUUAUUUUACGAUAGAAAUUAUUUUCCGCUGUCAGACAUAAUUUUUUUCCCCGUCAUAUGCAGACGAUGGGUAUACGUAUUCAUGCAUGCGUACGGGUGUUCGAGAAACUUGUGGCUUUGCUCGAGGCUUUGCUUAAACAAACUCCUACGUGAAAUUAAUUAUUUACAUAUGACACGUUUCAGCGUCAGUUUGAUUUAUGCUUCGAAACCUUAGGCAUUGAUCCGAAAUUCGAUCAUUUCCCCGCCGUAUCGUUGUCAAUUUGUCCUUUUACCAUUGCGUGGUGAGAAAACGUGUUCCGCCCAACCAAGCUUAACGCUGCGAUCGACGUGCUGGGCAGUCGUGGAAAAAUGACAAUUUCCUGGCACAAUAAACGGGCGACGAUUCGGGGCUAAUCGUAAGCCGUAAAUCAUGGUUACAAACGACUCGUCUGCGCUGGAAAUUCCAAACCGCAAGAUGACUCGAGUUGUUCGUUCUGACCAAAAGUGCAAAUAAAUCGUGAAGGCGCGUUUAAGAUAAAAUAGAAAUUUGACGACUAUCGUGUAUAAUUAUACUUAGGUGCUCAACAAAAAUUUAAAUACAUUCACAGUACGAGUACCCCGCAUUUCUGCAGCUUGUUUACGUUGUGCGGUAAUGCUUGCGUAUUAACUCAGGUGACCGAGCGGAAUACUCUGUGGAGUGCAAAUCACACAGCAUCGUGGAUUGCGGAAAUUUUUCGAUCUUUCUUCCGAGAAAAAAAACGACCACGUGUAACGGGCCCAAGCAUUACGUAACUAUCCUUACAUACGGUUACAUGAUGUAACUGGUUGAUAAAACGUCAAACCCUCGAUUAUGUACACACGCAAAAAAUCCCGAAGCUGAAUCGAGCCGUGCAAAAUGGAAUAAUGAAACGUCUAGCUUAUUACACGAUACGCGAAUUUGCAAAGAUUAGCCUGCCGAGUUUUUCUUUUUUUGUGUACAUCUUACGUGUGCGAUUUGCAUCGUGCGUGUUUUUUUUUUGCGGAGAAAAAAACGGUUUUCAUUCUCAUAUUAUCAUAUUCACGUAGUCAUUUGUUAUCUUUUUUUCUCAUCCGCGACGAUAUUAUGUGAAUUGUCACGUGUCGCGUAUCUGCAGUGCCUCCAGGGGUCAAUAUCAACAUCGCGAGUCACAUCGAGCACGGCGAUUAUUGCAUAAUUCAGCAAACUAAGAGUAUUCGAAGUAUUUUUCUCAAAUAAAUCUCGCAUAACCGGUAUCAAGUCCCAUCUACACGAGAUUUCUCGGAAGGAUAGAGGGUCCUCUCAGAUAUUUCCGCUUUGUCUUAUAUUUUACACACACGCAUAUACGCAUAUACAUGUAUCUCGGCUCGAUUCAAGUACAACGUGUGUAAAAGCACAUCGGCGCGGCGCAUGCAAAUUUAUCUGUCAACGAAAGUUCCGACAAACAAUUUCUGCAGCAGGCCGAUCGCUAAUUAACAUUCGCGAAGGGACGAAGGCCGAAGAAUACGCUCGUCCACCCCGCUGGAAGUAUAAAGUAAAAGUUGGUCAGACAGUAAAGAGGAUAUAUUAUGUAUGUUAUCAAGACUCCUCGUACGACGCUCUCGCAUACCGAAGCAUGCACGGAAUGGAAUGCGCUGACAAUUCGCGACGAGCCGUCCUAAGUCCUACGAAACUUUCAACAUCUUAUUACUGAACUUGCAGAGGCGAAUGAACGAGAGGGAAACAAGUGGAAAUAAAAUAACAAACGGACCCACUGUUAAGUCGUGAUGCAGCUGGUACAUCCGACCCAGAAAAGAUACCCGCCCCUCAAAGAUGUCUAAACGACGCCAUAUGAUCGGGAAAGACGGCUUACAGUUUUUCCUACGAGACUCCUAAAAGAUGCCUUAAAGAUGUCGAAAAGAUGGCGGAUGCAACAUUUUCCGACAUCUUUUAGCGAUCAAAGAAGACAUUUUGAAGACAUCCUUUAUUGGACGGCCUAGGGACGUCUUUCGAUGCAUGAAAAUUAUUAUCUGCUACAUUAAUUUCCUAACACAGACCAACACAACGUAAUAUUAUGGCUCACGAGUUCGUUAAAUGCGAGGUCAAAGGGGAAACAACGCACAAUAUUGACAAACUUUUCGGGGAGUUGCUCGAUGCCAUUAAAUCUGGGAAUGAAAUUAAAGAAAAUGGUAUCACAAACAUAAUGAAAAUACUGGACUCUCUGAUCAACGUUAGCAAAACAUCUGUUGGAGAAACAUUAGAGUUUGCUAUCGAUGAUGUAUUCCUGACACUUCUAAAGUACGAGUCACCAUUAAUCGUUGCGAAAACUACAAGAGCGAUAGCCGAAAUAGCUAAGACCGAUCGAGGGCGAGAGAAAUGUACAAACCCAGAAUUGAUUAAGGCUUUAGUAGAGUUAUUAAAAGGAGAAUAUGAUAUUGAUAUUCUGACACAAGCAUCUCGAGCUCUGGGAAAUAUUUGCUAUGAAAAUGACAAGGGAAAGAUGUUGGUGGACGAGCAGAAUGGAUUAACAUACAUUUUAACAGCCCUGAAAAUGGGGAUAAGUUUAGGUGAUGGUGAUGGAGCUGCUGGAUUGAGAAAUGUUGCUGCUGGCUUUUUACUGAACUUUCUUAUCAAUCAGACUGCCUUACAAAAAAAGGCCUUGGAUGACAACGUGCUGUCAGUUGUUUGCAGUAUUUUAGAAACUGAUGGCACCACAUCUGGCGAAGCAGCAACCCAUGCCAUGUUGAUAUUAGGAAUAUUAACCGAUUUGGGGCAGGAGGUUCUGGAUGAAAGAUUAACUAAAAUACUUGUUAAUAUAUUAGCGAGUGAUGCAUCACCAGAAUUAUCAGAAAUGUGCCUAGAGCUGUUACAUGGACAAGCAGAAAAUGAAAGUACAAAAUUAUUACUAGCAAAAGCUGGUGUGUGCGAAUUACUAUUAAAACUAUUAGAAAAACAUGGACCACGCUGUACAGACGAAGAGGCGCGAUCGGUGUUGAAAGUCGCUUGCGAUUUGAUUGUCUUAAUUCUUACUGGAGAUGAUAGUAUGGAUGUUCUCUACAACGGUAGCAAUGGAGAAGUAUAUAAGAAGCUGGUCGACUGGUUGGAAAGUGACGACGAGGAUCUGCAGCUUGCGGCUGUUUUGGCAAUGGGAAAUUUUGCCAGAAGUGAUACGCAUUGCGAGCUCAUGGUUACUCAAGGAGUCCAUCGAAAAUUGUUGCGGCUUCUGAGCAAAAAUGAUAAUAGAAACUGCCCCAUAAGAUUACAACAUGCUUUGCUCAGCGCCCUUCGUAAUCUUGUCAUUCCUUCCUGCAACAAAGCACUGGUAUUAGCGGAUGGUCUCGUCGAUGUUGUUUAUCCUAUGUUAGAUAUUCCCACGUUUCCUGUUGUAUUCAAACUGCUGGGCACACUAAGAAUGGUCAUCGAUGGGCAACAAGAGGCCGCGAUUUCCUUGGGUAAAAGAGAAGAUCUCAUUAAAAGAACGGUUGAAUGGUGUGGUACAGAGGAUCAUCCAGGAGUACAAGGUGAAGCCAAUCGUUUAUUAGCUUGGCUAAUCAAAAAUAGCAGAGAUAAAGAAGUCGCAUCGUUAAUUAUAAGUCACGGAGCUAUUAAACAUUUGGUCAAAAUGUUGACUGCUCAACAUGCUUUAAUGCAGAAUGAGGCAUUGCUAAGCUUGACUAUACUCACAACUAUAAGCUUAGUGGAAUCUCAAACACCUGUGAUUGAAGCAGAGAUCGGGUCGACAAUUCGCGAUUUUCUUGAUAAACAUGGUCCUCAGAUUGAGUCCCCUAUAAUUUAUAAUACCGUAGCGUUGACCGAUAGCCUUGUGAAAUCAGAUGUGAUAAAAGAGCAUUUGGUAAAGUCGGCGUUGCCCGCAGCGUGGAAGAAACUGCUUAAAAUUCGUGCUGCAAACAUUCCCGACUUGAUGGAAAAAGUUAUGCCACUAUGCCUUUUGAUGGGCGCAGAAAUUGAUUAACUAAUGAAUACUGGAGCAGGGAUUGAGGGGGUGCAGAUAAGGCUCCAAUAGGUCUACAAUUCGCGACCGAGCUUACGAAACGGUCGAUUACGUAAAAAUCGCGGGACAAACUUUAGUAGAAUCUUUAAAUCUCUUUACUCUAGUAAUUAUAUGAGUGUGUCUUACAAUUAUUACCCAGAGUUUUAUCUAAAGUUUCGUAUAAAUGUCUCUCUGAGCCUGCAUCCUCUUAAAGUCAGCAAAUUCAGGUAUAAAAAAAAAAAAUCCAAAAAAUCGCGGUUUCAUGUAAAGUGUUAUCUCUUCUGCCAUAAUACGUGUUGAUAUUUCGCAU